GCUCCAUCGUGCAUUUUUUCUCGCUCUCGCUCCAUGUUACCUUCGGCUGCGUGAGCUCUGAUCGCCGUGAUCGCUCGUCUGCUGCCGAUUCCCCCCCACCUUUACAGGCACUCCAUCCCUUUCCAUCCUUCGGCGACACACCUGCCUCGUCGACUUGCACAUCGGGCCUAUUGACUGCACAUCUGUCUCGGCGGCUGUUGCCCAAUUACUACUCCCACUCCUGGUCCGCAAGCGGGCAAACCGCUCAUCUCCCUCGGCGGCUCGAUCAUGAACCCGUAUUUCCAUCACUCGCCUCAAGAGCCCAAUUCGCGACUUGCCGGACAAAACAGACUCCCUCCCUCUUCGGAGCUCCUCCCUGACCCCAAAAAGCACCCGCUUUCGCAGCCCUUCGCCGAUCCCGUUGCCUCCCAGCCGCUGCCCUAUCCCUCGAUGCUCGCCUCGCCCGGCUACCACUACAGCCACUACUUGCCCAACGGCGCCCAGCCCGAGCUGUCCUAUGCCGACAUGCCUCCCAUCGGCGCCCCUGUCCAGCCCCAUCCCUAUCUGAUGCACGAGUACCCUCCCGUCGUCGGCGACUUGGCUGCCAUGACCCGCCAUGACCCGCAAUCGCUGCCCAAGCCCGAUGCCCAGCUCCUUCCUGCCUUUGCGCCGUCGCAGUGGAAGGUUGCCCAGACUCAGAAUCAAAGCCAGACCCAGAACCACACCCAGAACCACACCCAACCGUCCGUCUACCAGUUCUCUCCGCAGGAGCUGCCGUCGCCCUCCCACUUUGACUCCUCCAAGCGCAUCCAGACCCUGUCCCAGACUCGGCAGCUCAAGCCCCAGUCGCCCUCGUUUCCGCCAUCGUUCCCGCACCCGCACUCUCAUUCGCACUCUCAGCUGGCAUCGAUAUCCCGCUCGCAUCCGUCGCCACCGUCGAUCCCGCCCUCGCCGCUGUCUCAGUUGCAGAGCCCAGGCGCCCAUCAAGCCUCCGCAGCCCAUACCCAAGGCCCGAGCCAAGUCCCUGGUCAUAGCCAUGCGUCCGGGCCCUUUUCCGAUCACUCCCAGAUCCGGACCCAGAUCGCCAGCAACGGCCAUGCCCAUGCUCUCGAUCACGGUCAUGUUCCCCACGUCCCGACGCACUUGCAUGCCCAGGUUCCAAAUCACGGCCAUCUUUCGGGUCAUAGCCAGAUGCCAUCCCAUCACCAUCAACAUCCAUCGCAGCUUCCCGCCCAUCCUUCUGCUCGCCAGAAUGCACAAGAUCCCUCAUUCGGCCUGCCUCAUGUCCAGGACUACUAUUCGUCCAUCCCGGCCCACACCCUGAUCGACCACAUGUCAACGCCCGCCCGCUUCAACCCUGAGUUUGGCGCAAUGCCCUUCCCGAACUCUGUGCGCAUCGAUCAAGCCGCUAUCCUCGACGGCAUACCAAAGAGUGAUAUGACGCUCUCACCCCAUCGAGACCCUGCCCAGACUUUGGCCGAAGACGGCUUCCACCCGGUCCCAGCCCAGCGCUACCUUCCGGCCGAGUAUCCAGAGUACGGCAGUCUCCCCGUGUCUUCGUCCCUCCCCCAACAUGAGCGUCGAGAUGUCCAUCCCCACCAUCCGCAUCCCCAUCCCCUUCCCCUUCCCCAUCCCCUUCCUCAUUCCGCGGACGUCAAGCCCAAAAAAACUGCCCUGUCGCAGGUCGCCACAAAGACCAUCGACAAGUCUGGAAAGAACAAGCCCGCCGCCGUUGUUCAGUCGCUUCUUCGCCAUCGCAGUUCGCCCACGGGCUCUUCCCAGCUGCUGGGCGACGCCUCGCAGCCCUCAAGUCCUCCGUCCGAGUCUGACCCGGGCCGCAAGGUCAUCCAGGAGCUUGGCCACUGUCGCAGCUGCCACGCCAGCCUUGUGCAUCUCACGCUUUAUGGCCCGUCGUCGCUCUUUCAAGAGCCCUACGAAGUCAAUCUCGUAUGCGAGCCCUGCCGGAGCUCGACAGCCGCUGGCGAGCCACCCGCGUCGCUGGAAGAGUCGCUCGCGUCGCCCGAAUCGCUGGCUGUCACCUGCGAUGUCUGUAAGGGCUGCAUCUGCUGGGGCGGCGUCGGCAUCCAGAAACCCGAGGGCUGGAAAAAGGCUGCCUUCGAUGUCGACACCCUAUGCAAGACCUGCGAGCAAAAGUACCAGUUCUGCACCGAAUGCGGAGGCGGCGGCCGCCGGCGCACCGGCAAGUGGCGUCCCAAGGAGCUCUUCAGCGAGAACAAAAAGACCUGCAACCUGCAGCACAUCCGUAUCGGCAAAGACGUCGCCGUCAAGUACGUGGUCUUCAACAUUUCGUCCCCGACCAGCUCGGCCCUCAACUCGGCGUUCCUGUCGCAGGUCCUGCAGAUGAUCCGCGAUAUCAACAUGGAAAAGAUUGCCAUCCCCCAGAAGAUGGAGACCCACGUGUCCUUCAGCACCUUUGAGCGCAUCGUCCAGCGGCUGGACGGCGUCACCGAUGAGGCCCGGGACGACAUUAUGCGGCCGUGCGCCAUGGGCGAGCUCAAGUUCCUGAUCAUGGGCCAGGUGCCCAUUCCGAAAACCCGCCGGCGCCGGCAGCAAGGCUCCCUCGUCGACCUCGGCCGCGCCUCCGACCCACACAUGUACAUUUCCGUUGCGAUCGUCAAGCUCGACCUAGGAUCGCGAUGCCUUCGGUUCUCCUAUGGUGCCGACCGACAGUACAAGAUCGGCGGGUCACCGCACUCGGUGAGCCUGAUGCGGGCCAUGGUCGAGUACCUGCAGUCCGAGCCUCUCUCCCCGGAGCUGCACCGGUUCUAUUCACGAGACCCUCUAGCAUCGACGGCCUAUCCGGCGCCUACGCUUGGAUCGCUCGUGCGCUAUAUUUUCAUGCGCGCGCGCAAGCCCAACAAGUCCACCAACUUUACCGACAACACCCUGCGGCGCCUGAGCUUCCUGCCCCAGAGCGAGUUUGUCCACCGGGUUGCGGUCGAAGAGAACCAGCAGAUCGACGAGAGCAUCUUUGUGGAGAACAUCAAGAUGCCGCCCGAGGUCCUGGUGGAUUUUGAGAUCUAUGUGGCCAAGGUGGAUGAGUUCAUGAAGGUGUCCUGCCCAAGCAAGCAGGGCCACAUGGCCUGAGCGCCUUGUGUGGCACUCGCUACCAUGGUCGCCAACUGCUUGCCAUCGUCGCAUGUCGUGCAUGUCAUCGAGCCAUGAUCGUUGCUGACUGGCGGUUACUGCUGCAUGUUGCGCGUGUCGCUGAACUGCAGUCGCUUACCGCCGAUGUGGUCGGUCACCCCCUGCCUCUCUUGCAAUCAUUAUCUGCCUGGGUCGUCACAUUCCCCCCCUCUCAGUACAACGGUCUUGCUGUCACAUAUCGCAGAUUGUUGUUCUUGGGCGACCGGGAGUUGAUAUCCCCCCAUAUUUGGUAUUCCCGUACAUCCUAUUGCAAAUAUAACAAUCCCGUGACUGCAUUCAUCGCCUUGUGGCUCUGUACACUUUAUUCAGAAAAAAACGGGACACCACAGCCGCUUCCAUGAACAUGUAGUAUGUGCUGUGCUUGCGUCAAGCAAAGCCACAAGAAAUAAAACAGAUC